AUGGCUAGUUGUACAUCAAAAUCUCACACAGGCGGUACCGGUAGCAGUCAUAGGUCUGCCGGUGGCGUCUCGGGCUUGGCUGACUCUCGGGUGCGGGAGGCAGGGUCCGGCCAUCGUGGCGAAUCCAACGAGCACCCGACCAAGUUCAGGGCAGCAACUUGGAAUGUGGGUACCCUGAAGAAGAGAGGCAGUGAGGUGGUGGAGACUCUGACCCGGAGAAGAGUGGACCUCUGCUGUGUGCAAGAGCAUAGAUGGGCUGGCAGUCUUUCAGCGAAUCAGACCCGCCAAAUCAAAGGAAAGGACUCUAUAUACAAGUUCUUCUGGAGUGGAAAUGAUAGGGGUCUAGGAGGUGCUGGAAUUCUGUUGGCUGAGAAAUGGGUCGACAAAGUGUUUGACGUUCAGCGUGUUUCCGAUAGAAUCAUUCUCAUGAGACUUGUCAUAGGCAAGGUUGUCUUCACCUUCCUAUCCGUGUACGCACCACAGUCCGGGCUAUCUGAAACUGAGAAAGAGCGCUUCUAUGACCAGCUACAAGGAGUUGUCACCAAAAUCCCUGCAUCAGAGAUUCUUGUUCCAUCGGGGGACUGGAAUGGCCAUGUAGGUGCUAAAGGUCAAGGUUUUGAGGAAGUUCAUGGUGGUCGAGGAUUUGGUAUCCGUAACACCGAAGGAGAGAGAGUGUUGGAGUUUGCCUUAGCAAAUGAUCUGGUUAUUGGCAACACCUGCUUUAUUAAGAGAGACAGUCACCUUAUCACAUACUGUUCAAGUAAUCACAGAACACAGAUAGACUACAUACUCUAUCGCAAGAGUUUCCGCAAAUCAGUUCAAAAUGUGAAGGUCGUCCCAAUUGAGGAAUGCAUCCAACAACAUAACUUGGUUGUUUGUGACUUCACAGUUAGCAUCCCCACAGCUAAAAAGCGCAAAUUCAUUCCACGUAUCCGUACCUGGAAGCUUAGGGAUCAAACCGUGGCAAAUGAAUUCCAUGCUACCUUCAAGGACAAAGUAACUGAUGAUGCAAACAUGGAUUCUGUUGGUUCUGUGGAAGAUGUGUGGGCAAGAUUCAAAAACCCACUUCUUGAAACAGCCUCUGAAGUGUGUGGUCUUUCUAAAAACCACAGGUGGAAAAGGGAAACCUGGUGGCGGGACGAUAGGGUUGAAGAUGCGGUCAAGGCCAAGCGGGUUAGCUUUAAGACAUAUAAAGCUCUGGUUAAAGCAGGCAACAAAACCGAGGCAACAAAGGCUAAGGCUGCCUACAAUGAGGCCAAGCGGCAGCAAAACAUGCGGUUUGGCAGGCAAAGUCAGAAGCUGAGAAGGAACAGUUCGCUUACAUCUCUCCGAAUGAUAGCAGCAUCUUCAAGCUUGCAAAACAAAUGGACAGGACAAAUCAGGAUGUUGUGGGUGAAAAGUGUGUUAAGAAUGAUGCGGGAGAACUAUCUCUGA